AUGCCCGCCCCGCCGCUGGCCGCCCCGCUGCUGCGCGCCCUGCUCGCCCGCCUGCUGCCGCUGGCCCGCAAGCGCCUCCUGCCGCCGCUCCGCCGCCUGGGGCGCCGGCUGCGCUCCCGGGAGAGCCGCCAGGCCCUGCUCACCUGCCUGCUCUGCCUCCUCAACCUGCGCAAGAAGCCGCCGCCGCCGCCCGCCCCGGGGAAGGAGCCGGCGCCGCCCGGGCGGUCUCCAUCACCGGCGCUCCCGGGCGGCGGGGGCCCCGCGCUGCCGCUUCGCCCCACGGUGCCCGGGCCGGGUCCCCCGGCCGCCCCGCUGCCCGCCGGCGGCGGCGGGGAGGGCGAGGAUGUCGGGCAGCACGGCGAGGAAGGUGCAGCCCUUCACCAUCAGCACCAAGCUCUCGCUGCCCAAGUGUGCCGCCGACUUCUCCGGGGACGCCUGCCCCGGCAUCGCCCUCGCCUCCGCUCUGGACACCCACCGCGGCCUCCGCCGCAGCCUCAACGAGCGCAUCUCCCUCUACCUGGCCCAAGCCCGGGCCAGCCCGGCCAGCCCCCCGAGGGCCAGCCCCGCAGCCCCAGCCCCGGCGAGGAUGGGGGGACCGACGAGGAGCAGCUGAACCGCAACUCCCUCGCCCGCUCCAUUAAGAAGAUCACGCUGUCCAACUGGCAUGGGGAGGCUGGUGCAGGGGACGCAGGGGGACCCAGGGACCCUGCCCGGAGCGGCGGCGAGAGGAACCACAACAACAACAACAGCAGGCCAGGGAAAGCUCAGUUCAAGGUCUUCCUCAGGAAGGACGUGGAUGCAGAGGACGAGCAGCAGGAGGCCAGGAGUCCCUGGGCCGGUGGUUUCUGCUCUCCGGUGGACAGAGGUUCCCCCUUCUAUGCGCUGACAGGACCCCCGGCAUCAUCACCCCGGAAAGAGAGCCCCAAGGGCAAGGAGCCCACCACGGCACCAAGAUGCGGUGGGCAAACCGGUGUGGGAGCAGCCCCCCUCCUCGACCCGAGCCCUCUGGUAGCCCAGUUCAACCGGGAGAUGCUGCAGGCGGAGGGCUGGGUGCGAGGCAAGCUGCGGGACCUGAAGGACGGCUGCGACCUCCAGGACUGGGAGGAGGUGGCUCAGACUCUGCAGCGGGACAUGAAGGAUUUCGAGAACACGCUGAUAAAGCUCAACCAGAUGGGCGAGCAGCUGAUGUGGCGGGUGAGCCCCAGCGCUGAGGCGGUGCGGAGGCAGCUGCUGGCCCUGCGGGACCAGUGGCAGCUCCUGAAGCAGACGGCCGCCAGCCAGAGCAAAGCCCUGGGGGGGCUGCGGAGCCUGCAGGACUUCAACAGGAAAGCCGAGCAGCUGGAGGCGUGGAUCAGGCACAAGGAGGAGAAGCCCUCCCUGGCAGCCCUCCUGCAGGAAAGCCCGGACAAGAUCCAGCUCACCCGCCGCAUCCUUGACUUGAAGCAGGAGGAGCAGCAGUUCCAGAGUCUGCACAAGGAGCUGAAUAGCCUGGCCCAGAAGCUGGAGAAACAAGGCAAAAGUGAGAGCAGGAGCAUCUCAGCCCGGCGCAAGCACCUCAACAAAAUGUGGCUGCGGCUGCAGGGGACCCUGAAGGAGCACCAUGAGGUUCUGCAGCUGGCCCUGGAGGUGGCCGCCUUCCUCCAGCAAGCGGAUACCCUGCUCGGGGCCAUCCACGCCAAGCAGAGGAGCAUCUGCAGUGUAGGGAAGCCAGGGGAGGGCGAGCCAUGCCGGGAUCGGGAUGUCAGGGACAUAGCCAGCCAGGUGAUGAUGCUGGAUGUGACUGUGUCCCAGCUCCUCAGCCUGCAGCCCAGCCUGGCAGCCCGAGUCACCCCCAAGCACCGAGACGUCAAGGAGAGCUGGGCGCAGCUCCAGCAAGCACUGAGGACGGAGAAGGCUCCAGCGCUGGCGAGCAGUUCCCCAGCAGGCGAAGUUGCAGCUCCGAGUGCAGAGCCCCGAGGAGACGAUAGCAGCCAUGGGGCUGUGGGGAAGGAAGCAAAAGACAAGUGGACGAGAGGCCCUAGGAGCAUGGUGCCGAAGGACAUGCCGGGCAAGAUGGCGGAGCACGGGAUAGGGCAGGAGAGCAGCCCUGGCUCCCCAGUGGCAGGGCAGCCCCCUCAUGGCAGGGACAGCAAAAGGAGGAGGAGAGAGACAGAGGCUGAGUGGGGGACACAGCAGCCGGAGGCCCAGGUGCAGGACGUCUGUCAGGCAGUGAACACAACUGUGUCCCCGCACAAGGAGAGCGCAGGUGCCGGAGUCCCCCCAUGUCCCUUGGGGGAUGUGGAGAGCCUGGAGGCAGCAUGGAUGCAGCGGGAACCCCUGGACCCCAGCUCCAGCGCCAGGGCUGUGCUCCUGGAAGGGCUGGCGCCGGGGGGGCCCCCAGGGAGCCCACAAGUGGAGGCCAUGCUGCGGGAGCUGGGGGAGCUGUGGGAGGACCUGCAGAGGAAGCACCAGGAGAACGGCGCCGUGCUGCGGGAAAUCGAUAAGGCACUGAGGCUGGUGGGGGAGCUGGACCGGGCCGAGCGGUGGCUGCAAGCUGUGGCCGGGUCACUCACAGAGCCGGCCACCAUGAGAAGCCCGGUGGAGCUGCGCCAGGACCUGGAGGAGAUGGGCCAGCUGGAGAGGCAGCUCCUGCUUUGUGGCCUCAAGCUCAAGGAGCUGCGGGAGGAGGCAGCGGGCGAGCCGCCCGCAGAGCACGAGGGGGCGAGGAAGAUGCAGAGGAAAGUGGAGAUGGUGGAGGAGAAGCUGGCACGCGUGCAGGCAGCCCUGCGGCGCCGGGCGGCAGACCUGCGUGACUCCCUGGUGCUGUCUGAGUUCCUGCAGGACCUGCAAGAGGAGGAGGCGCGGAGCCGGCAGGGACCCGCAGUGCCAGGGAGCAGGUGUUGUGGCUCGCAGGGGUCUUUUCCCCUGCCCUCGGCCCAGGCCGGGCAGCCGCCGAGCAGCGAGGACAUGAGCCGCCCCUUGGGAGAGCUGCAGGAGGCCGUGGAGAUGCUGAACGAUGCAGCGAAGGAGCGGGAGCGGGUCAUGGAGGUGGCGGCAGAGAUGGAGAGCCUGGAGCGCCUGGUGGCGGAGGUGUCCCCACACCUGGAGGCCCUUCGAUGCAGAGCCGAGGUGCUGGCUCGUGACACUGCCCAAGCAGAGAGCGGCUUCACCGCAGUGAAGAGCGAGAAGGACCUCCAGGGCCUGCAGGGCUUGCUGAGCCAGCAGCAGGAGAUGGAGCGUGCGGUGUCGGAGACCCUGCAGGGGCAGCUGGAGGAGCUGGAGAGGGCAGCUGCCCGCUUGCAAGAGCUCUGCCCUGCUCGGCUGUGCCCCGUCAGCCGGGAGGUGCAGGGGACGCUGUGGGCCUGGGCAGGGCUGCGGGAGCUGCUGCGGGAGACCCGGGCCCGCGUGCAGCAGGCCGGCCGGCUGCGGCACUUCUUCAAGGAUUACUUAGCCAUGAUCUCCUGGACAGAGGACACGCGGGCUCAGAUCUUCUCUGAAAGCCCAAGCGGCCACGGCCUCCCGGAGACUCCGUGUGAGGAGCUGGAGAGGAGGAUCGAAGGGAAGCUCAAGGAGUUUGAGGCGCUGGCAGCGUUGGGGCAGCAGCUGGUGUCUGAGGAGCACUGCCUGAGCGCCACAAUAAAGGAGCGCUUGGAGGAGCUGCAGAGCAUGCUGGGCUGGGUGCUGGUGCGCUGGCGAGCACAGAGGCACCAGCGGGACCCAGGAAGCAAGCAGGAGGACAGAAGGGACCAGGAGAGCCCCUCGGGCACGUCUCCCAUCAGCCAAGAGCAGUGUGCCCCGUGUGCUCGGCCCCGGCCAGAGAGCAUCCACAGCCCAGUGGAGUUCACGCCCUGCUCCCUCCUUGACCCUGUGCAAAGAUUGGAGCCACGGCUGCCAGCGGGAACAGCCAUCUCCCCAGCGGCAUCGCCCCUCUCAGAUGCCCCAUCAGGAGUGGAGCAGAGCUGGGGGGAGCCCAGCACCUCAACACCCCACGGUGCGGGACCCCCCGAGGAGGCUGUCAUCUGGGAUCCCGCCGAGGCCUCCAUGCUGCUGCUGCCACCGCGGGGCCCUGGUGGGCUGGGGGGGACAGUCAACCUCAUCCUCAGCAUCGGCAAGAAGGGCGAGAAGAAGAAGGCGCAGCCGGUGGCCAGCAGUGAGAGGCUGGGGGAGGAGGUGCUGCGGACGGCACAGGUGGAGGCCAGGAAAACCUCCGGCGUGAAGUGGCCACCCGCCAUUGCCCACCGCCCUCUGGCAUCCAGCAGCGGGACACCAGCCACCUCCCACACCCUGCCGAAGGCCGGGGCCGGCUGCCUCUUCAACAGCCUGCAGCGGCGGGAGAAGGCGAGGGCCGAGCAGGCCCGGCUGCUGACACUGCAGGGCAUCAUGGGCGCCAGCUCCCUGCAGCCCGCGCCCGAGGAGCGCCACGGCCCCAGCAACACGUGGCCUCAGAAGUGUGGCCGGAGGAAAGGGGGGCCAGGGGAAGCUGCUGCUGCUGCUGGACCCCGGCUCGGGGAGCUGCUGCUCUACGUCAGGAACCCACUGGUGCAGGACAUCGACGCCGAGUGCGGGGUAGCCCCCCGGGACACCCACCUCCCUGACCCAAAAACCACGUGCCCCCACCUUUCCCUGGGCUCCGUGCUCAACCUGGAGCUGCCCCGGGACGCGGUGGUCCUGGGGUGCCACCGAGGGGCCGUGGCGCUGCGUGAGGAGGCGGAGGGGCAGGAGCAGAGGCAGGGCGGGGGGGUGAGGCCAUGGGAGCCCACAGGCACGCAUGGGGCUGGAUGGCAGGAGGAGGUAGAUGUGGAUGGGCACAGUCCCCAGGGGCCCGGCGAGGGGCUGGGGACAUCCCCCAAGAGCGAGCAAGGAACGUGGUUCGAGGAGGUGAGCUUCAACCCCAGCUACAGCCAGCAAAGGGCACACCGUGCUGCGGAGGAGCACUGGAGCCCGCGGCGCCCCAGCAGUGCCGGUGAAGACCUCCUGGACUUCAGACCAAGCCGGCCAUCCGAUGUCGGUGUGCUGCACGAGCGGAUCAGCAGGGAGGGGGACAAGCUGGCUGCCCGGCUGGGCCAGGACGGCAGCCCCGGCGCCAGCGGCAGGGCCAGGCAUCGCGAAGCUGCUCGGCUGGAGCUCGGGCCGUCCCCUGCUGGCAUCUCAGGCAAGGCAGGAGCCGUCCCUGGCACUGCCCGCACACAGCGGCCAGCCGGCAGCAGCCAGCCUGGAGGGUCCCCAGCUUCCCCUGCUGCCCCCACCCAGCUCUCUGUCUUCGAGUGGGCGCUAGGGACCUCCCAGCCCCCCAGCCCAGUGUCGGGCGCCAGGGAGGUUUGCCGCCCUGCCCACGGGCAGUUUGAGGAAGAGGAGGAGGAGCUGCAGGCCAUCUGGGACAGGGCGGGCGAGCAGCAGGCACCGAGACCGCCGGCAGGCAGCCGUGCCCACCACCAGCCGGGGAGCGGGGCAGGCAGCCUGCCCAGCCCUGAUGCCACCGCUGGCGGGCCCCUCAUCCUCUCGUCAGCCAACAAUGUGCUAGUGGCCAAGUUCACCCUUCCUGCCGCCGCCCGGCUCCUCCACAGCCCGUCGGGAGAGAAGAGCCCAGGCGUGGGGCACAGCGGCGGUGGCAGUCCCAGUGGGCAUGGGGCAUCCCCCCGCAUGGAGGAGCUGGUGUCUGCAGCCCCCUUGGACAGCCCCAGCGCCUGGGAUCGGCGGAGGCAUGGGGAAGAGGAGAGAGAGGGCAGCAAGGCCCCUCCCGGUAAAACGGAGUUUCAGAUGAUGGAGGGGACGCUGGAAAGGAAGCACGUGUUGCAGACAGGAGGGAGGAAGGCCAACUGCCGGGCCUGGGGCCUCUUCCAUGCCGUGCUGAUGAGGCAGACGCUGUGCUUCUACCAGGACCGCAGGGACAGCCUCAAGAGCUCCGUGGUGGCCCUUCCCCUGAACCUCUCCGGGGCGGUCUGCACCCCGGAUGCCGAGUACACCAAGAAGACCAACUGCUUCAGGCUACAGCUGCGGGAUGGCUCCGAGUACCUCCUGAGGGCCCCCUCCCAGCCCCUCAUGAACGAAUGGGUCUCCAAGCUGCAGCAAAACUCAGGUUUCCCCGAAGUGGAUUACUUCCAGGCGGCAGCACAGCGUGUCGAGGGCACCGGCAGUGCUGGGGGUUUCAGCAAGGUCCCCAGCCCUGGGAGCUCCCACCUCCAGGGGCAUCAUCAGGUCGCGACCACCAAGAGCCAGGAGAUCGUGGUGCUACCCCGCUCAAACGCCCGGCUACAGCGGCCUCUGGGCAGCCAGGAUGGCCCAGCCCAUGGGGCUGUGGCAGCAGCAGAGGAUGCUCGUGGGGCCGGGCACAGGGACCAGCAAUGGUCAUCCAGGGAGUCCCCCGGGCUGUGGGACAACAGCUGCCAAGAAGACGACUACGGGCUGGUGGCCAACAAGAGGAGGUCCUACUCCUUCACCUCAGCCACCUACCAGAAGAUCACCCCGGUGGCCAUGCCUAAGGAGCCGGUGGAGGCUGGGAGCAGCUACUCAGUCACGUUGUACAUCGGGGAACAAGCACCGGCUGUGCCUCGGGCACGCUGCCACUCCUUUGUGGCCCAGCCGGGGAGCCCGCGGGACAUUCUGGGGGAGAAGACCCCCAGCCCCCCUCGCCCCAAGAACAAAUCCGUCUUCAAGAAAUUCUUCGGGAAGAAGGAGUGAGCCCUAGCCGAGGGGGAGAAAAGCCCUAGCCUGUCCUUUAUCCUCCUCUGGGGUGCCAUCCUGGCAUGGUCUCCACUCCCAGCACCAGCUCACCACUUGCCACCUCCCCGGGGGAGAGAGGCUGCAGCAAGCGGCUCCUCUCCAGCCGGCCCCGGGGCUGCACCGCGCCCCAGCCACUGCAGCCCCCGGCCUCAGCCCGGCGCUGAGCACCCCUCCUGCCCACCCGCCAGGUGCUCUCCCUGGGUGCCGCUGGCUCCCUAGACAUCCUGCCGACACGCAGCACAAGCA